UCAUCUUCUCAUCAGCAGUGGAAACUUCUCCCUAUGAGAAUCAUUCUGAUUUCCUGGCUGAUUAUUCAAUUCUUUACCAACUCUGAAUGUCUAAGCAGAGCUGAUUUUCCAGAUGGUUUCAUAUUCGGAACUGCAGCAUCGGCAUACCAGUUCGAAGGGGCUGUAGAUGAAGGAAAUCGAGGUCCUAGCAUAUGGGAUACAUUUGUGAAAGAACCAGGGAGAAUACUAGACUUCAGCAAUGCCAACAAGACUGUUGACCAAUACCACAGAUUUAAGGACGAUAUAAAGCUGAUGAAGGAUAUGGGAAUGGAUGCCUACAGAUUCUCAAUCGCAUGGCCAAGAAUAUUUCCAAAUGGGACAGGAAAGCCGAACGCAGAUGCCAUAAACUAUUACAACAAUUUUAUAGAUGCGUUGCUAGAAAAAGGAAUCCAACCUUUUGUAACUCUUUACCACUGGGAUCUUCCGCAAGUGCUUGAAGACGAGUACGAAGGAUGGCUGAGCAGAAGGAUAGUAAAAGAUUUUGAACAUUAUGCUGUUACGUGCUUCCAAGCAUUUGGUGAUAGAGUGAAGCACUGGAUCACCUUCAAUGAACCACAUGGUUACUCAAUAAAAAGCUAUGACCUAGGAAUUCAAGCUCCUGGUAGAUGUUCUUUUCUGGGUCAUAUAUUAUGCAAGAAGGGAAAUUCAUCCUCUGAACCAUAUAUAGUGGCACACAAUAUUCUCUUAUCUCAUGCUGCUGCUUAUCGCAGUUACGAAAAUCAUUUCAAGAAAAGACAAGGAGGUCGGAUAGGAAUAGCAUUAGAUGCUAUAUGGUAUGAACCAUUAUCUGAAAAUGACGAGAACAAAGAAGCAGCACUCAGAGCCCUUGAUUUUGAAAUCGGAUGGUUUCUGGAUCCACUUUUUUUUGGUAAGUAUCCUCCUUCAAUGAGAAGGCUUGUGGGAACAAGACUACCAAAAAUAUCACUUGUUACUGCAAAGUUCCUCACAGGAACCCUCGAUUUUGUUGGCAUGAACCACUACACCUCCUUAUAUGCUCGAAAUGAUAGGAUCGGGAUUCGAAAACUAAUAUUCAAUGAUGCUUCAUCGGAUUCUAAUGUCAUUACUACUCCGCAUAAAGGCAUGUCUACCAUCGGAGAAAGAGCAGCUUCCCACUGGUUACGUAUUGUUCCAUGGGGAAUCCGAAAAUUGGCAGUUUAUUUGAAAUAUAAAUAUGGGAACCCACCAGUGAUUAUAACAGAAAACGGCAUGGAUGAUCCAAACAAACGGUCCAUACCUUUAGAAAAGGCACUGAGGGAUGAUAAGAGAAUAAGAUACCACAGAGAUUACCUAUCAAAUCUAUCCAUUGCUAUUAGGCAAGAAGGCUGCAAUGUCCAAGGCUACUUUGCGUGGUCGCUACUGGAUAAUUGGGAGUGGAACAUGGGAUAUACCGUCCGAUUUGGACUCUACUAUGUCGACUACAAGAACAAUCUCACGAGGAUUCCAAAGGCAUCCGUUGAGUGGUUUCAGAGCAUGCUCAAAUCAGAAGACAAACACACAAAUCAAAUUAUACAUUCCUCAUACUCUUACAAUAUAUUGAAUUCUCAUAUCAAGUAUAGCAAUGUAAAUGUUAUUGUCAAAACUGAAAUUGAAUGAAUGAUUACGAGAAAAGAAGAACAAAUUUGUUAAAGACGUCGAUUAAUUAAUAAACUUACCGGACACGCCAUUUCCUCAA